CAAAUUAAAUCGAUUUAUAUUUACUUCCUUAAGUGCUAUUUAGUUUGAAUGUAAAUGUUAGUUUAUAAGCUUAUUUACUAUGAUUCGCGUAGAAACAGUUUAGAGAAGAAGUGUUCGGUGUCAGGAAUAGACGUCCCUUAGCAAGUUUCUGCUCUGGUGGGAAGUGCAAGGGUCUCGUCUGUCUAGCCUGGAUACAUCGCAAUAGCCAUGGACGCCGCAGGGAGUUUCAAGAUCAUACAGGUGCUCCAAGGGGCCUUUAGGAUAUUGGCAGCCUUGCAUCUCACCAACUACCUGUGGCCACACCAAGCUCAUGUACACGAUGGCCAAAGUUUUGACUUCAUCGUUGUCGGCGCGGGAACGGCUGGAAGUUUGAUAGCCAACAGAUUGUCAGAAAUCGAGCAUGUCAACGUGUUGCUCAUCGAGGCUGGUGGAGAUCCGCCUUUUGAGUCUGAUCUUCCCGGUUUGCCGCUUUUGAUGAAGAGGUCUCGCUAUGACUGGAACUACACUGCUGAGUACGACGCCUACAAGGACGUUUGUCAUCUUCAAUCUUACUACGAAUUCACUCUUGGAAAAAUGCUUGGUGGAACUAGCUCUCUCAAUUACAUGAUUUACCACAGAGGACAACCAAGUGACUUUGACUCUUGGGCUGACGUCGUCAAAGAUGAAUCAUGGAAAUGGCAGAAUGUGCUUCCAUAUUUCUUGAAAACUGGAAGAUUAGAAGAUCCCCAAUUAUUAGCCUCAAGAGACAAAGAAUACUAUGGAACUAACGGUUACAUUGGAAUAAACAGAGACCAUCGCAAAGAGAUUGAGAAAUUCUUAGAUGCAUACAGAGAAGUUGGAAACGAUAUAGUCUUAGAUUUUAACGAACAUCAUCCUUUGGGCUAUUCUGCACAGACCGUCACUAUCUCGGGACGGUCUCGACAGAGCUCAGCAUAUGCGUUUUUGUCAUCAGUGAAAGAUCGCCGUAACCUCCAUGUCUUGAAGAAUACCUUAGCCACUAAAAUCUUGUUCGACGAAAACAAAAAGGCCGUAGGAGUAGAAGUUCUGACAGAAGACGGUAAAAAGAUGAAUUUGAAGGCUAAAAAAGAAGUGAUCGUGUCUGCUGGAACAUUCAACUCACCUAAACUAUUGAUGUUAUCUGGUGUCGGACCCGAGGAACACUUGAAGAGCAAAAAUAUUGAAGUAAUUUCAAACUUACCCGUAGGAGAAAAUCUGCAAGAACACAUUUGUGUAGUUAUUAUACACAAUUUGGACAAGUUGACCGAACCUUUUCCGCAACCUAGUCCUUAUGAAUUACCUGGUUCUUCAUUCACUGGUUUUGUUGCUCUAAACAAAUCGUCCAACUACCCUGAUUACCAAGUAAUCACUUACUUGGGUUCUGCGGAAAUUAUGUUGUACUAUUGCACAUUCGCUUUCAGAUUCAGUGAUGAAAUUUGUAACAACAUGUAUAAACAAGGCAUAGAUCGUCUUCAAGCGUUCAAUGAGAUAUUAAACAUAGCGCCGAAGUCACGAGGCAAGGUAUUGUUGAAAAGUACCGAUCCAGAAGAAGCUCCUCUUGUUUACAAUGGCUUCUUUUCGAACAAAGACGACGUUGAGGCUCUAGUUGAUUACAUUUUUGAUUAUCUACCAAUCAUGAACACGACUUACUAUAGGGAAGUCGACGCCAUAAUGUCUGAUGCAGAUCCUGCUUGUAAUGAAUUCGGCAAAGAUACUCGAGAGUAUUGGCGUUGUUACGUGAUGUGUGUAUCUUCUGGGUUGAGUCAUAUGACCAGCACAUGUCCAAUGGGCACGGUCGUCGAUGGAAAAUUACGAGUUCAUGGCGUGAAAGGUCUGCGUGUAGCUGACGCUAGUGUGAUGCCAACAAUCACUAGAGGAAAUCCCAUGGGUACAGUCUACAUGAUCGCAGAAAAGGCCGCCGAUAUUAUCAAGAAAGAUCACAACCUGAUUUAAAUUUACCAGCUGUGUAACACAUAGAAGCAUAUUCGGUAUUUGUUAUGGAUUUUUUAAGAUAUUCUUUGUUUUUCGUUGGAGUUUAAG